AUGUUUGGCUUACAGAGGCUGAUUUCCAGAAAGCUUAACGACAAAGAUGAGGAAAUGGCCUUGCAGAAAAGUGACUCCAUGAAACAGGAAAUCUUUGAAUUCAAGAAAGAACUGUUCGGGAAAGAACUGGCUCAGUCAGAGAAUAAUUUUGCCAAGGCUUCAAAGGAACACAGGCCUCAUGAGUGCAGACAGAACUUCAAAACAAAUAAGAGGCAAUGGGAGUGCCUUCAGGAGUGCCUGUGCCCUUCAGGCACUGGGGGUGUCUUUAGGUGUACCUGUGCCCUUCAGGCACUGGGAGUGCCUUUGGACACUGGGAGUUCCCAUGCCCUUCAUGCCCUGGGAGUGCUUUCAGGCCCUGGGAUGGCCUUCAGGAGUGCCUUCAGGAGUAUCUCUGCCCUUCAGGCACUGGGAGUGCCUUCAGGAGUGCCUAUGCCCUUCAGGCCCUGGGAGUGCUUUUACACCCUGAGAGCAGCUUCAGGAGUGCCUUCAGGAGUGUCUGUGCCUUCAGGCACUGGGAGUGCCUUCAGGAGUGCCCCUGUGCCCCUCAGACACUGGGAGUGCCUUCGGGCACUGGGAGUGCCUGUGCCUUUCAUGCCCUGCAACCUGAGCAGCAAAGUCUCCCCCAACAUCUUGUAUAAGGCUGUAUGGGACGUCCUGCACAGGAACCAGUGCAAAUUCUGGAAGUUUGUGGAGACAGUGGAGCUGCAGGUCAGCUUGAAGAACUAUGACCCUCAGAAGGACAAACGCUUUUUGGGCACCAUCAGGCUUAAGUCCAUUCCCCACCCCAAGUUCUCUGUAUGUUUGGGGGACCAGCAGCACUGUGGUGAGGCCAGGGCCGUGGAUAUUCCCCACAUGGACAUUGAGACACUGAAGAAACUCAAGAAUAAAAACUUAGUCAAGAAGCCUGGCAAGAAGUAUGAUCCGUUUUUGGCUUCAGAGUCUCUGGUCAAGCAGAUCCCACGAAUCCUGGGUCCAGGUCUGAAUAAGGCUGGCAGUCUUCCUUCCUUGCUGACCCACAAUGAGAACAUGGUGGCCAAAGUGGAUGAAAUGAAGUCCAUGAUCAAACUCCAGAUGAAGAAGGUGGUGUGUCUGGCACUGGCUGUUGGCUACAUAAAGAUGACAGAUGAUGAGCUUGUGUACAACAUCCACUUAGCUGUCAAUUUCCUGGUGUCAUUGCUCAAGAAGAACUGGCAGAAUGGCCAGGCUUUAUACAUCAGGAGGACCACAGUCAAGCCCCAGUGUCUGUAUUAA